GGGCCGCACCCGGCGCCGCGACCCAGCGCCCACUCAAUAUGGCGCUGGCAGCGGGAAGGCGCGUCCCUGCGCGCGCCCUGCUCUACGCGGGUGCCCGGCUCGGGCGCACGCAGGUGAUGGGCGGCGGCGGGGACGGCGCUCGGCGCUUCGCGAACCACCAGGUGCUGGUGGAGCCGGACGCGGCCACAGGGGUUGCUGUGAUGAAGCUGAGGAACCCCCCGGUGAACAGUCUCAGCCUGGAGCUUCUGACAGAGUUCGUCAUCAGCCUGGAGAAGCUGGAGAACGACAAGACCUUCCGCGGCGUCAUCAUAACAUCGGACCGUCCUGGCAUCUUCUCAGCUGGCCUGGACCUGACAGAGAUGUGCGGGAAGAACCCAGCCCACUACGCUGAGUACUGGAAGGCUGUGCAGGAGUUGUGGCUAAGGCUGUACCCAUCCAACCUGGUGCUGGUUGCCGCCAUCAAUGGAGCCUCCCCCGCUGGAGGCUGCUUGAUGUCCCUUGCCUGCGACUACCGCAUACUGGCGGACAACCCCAAGUAUGUCAUAGGACUAAACGAGACCCUGCUGGGCAUCAUAGCCCCUUUCUGGUUCAAAGACACCCUGGUGAAUACCAUCGGGCACCGAGCCUCAGAGCGUGCUCUACAGCUGGGGCUGCUUUUCCCACCAGCAGAGGCCCUCCAGGUGGGUAUGGUGGACCAGGUGGUGCCUGAGGAUCAGGUGCAGAGCACAGCACUCUCGGUGAUGAGCCAGUGGAUGGCCAUUCCAGACUACGCUCGACAGCUGACCAAGAUCAUGAUGCGAAAGGCCACAGUGGACCACGUGAUCAAACAGCGCGAGGCUGACCUCCAGAACUUUGUCAGCUUCAUUUCCAGAGACUCCAUCCAGAAAUCCCUGCAGGUGUACUUAGAAAAACUCAAACAAAAGAGAGGCUAGGGUGAGGCUGCCACUUGGUCAUUUGUGCCCUGUGGGGGGCCUAGUGGUCCCAAAGGGAUUUUAAACAAGGUAUUUUUUAUUUUAAAAGUCCUCUUAGCUUUUGUUUUCCUCAUCUUAGAAAGUCCUGCUCCUUGUAGCCCUGAGUCUCAAGGCCCCAUCACCACCGAUGGCCAUGUUUCUGCCAGGUAGGCAGAUAGGAUCUAUACUUUAGAACUGAAUGACAGGUAGGCUGCUCAGGGCCCUGGACAAGGUCACACUGAGUGUCCCUUUUCCCAAAGGAAAACUGAAUAAAGUCUUCACAUUGUCCCAUUCCUGA